GGGAUUUAUUUAAUGGGGAUGUGUUCAAGGCAAGAGCGAAUUCAGAAGGAUAUCGACGUCGUGAUCCAGAAGUCCAGAGCUGAGAAGGACUGCCUGUUUGCAGGUGAGUUCUUGCUUUUCCAGAACCUCGGACCCAGCGCCCCCUUCCCAGUUUUCUGACCGCGACGUCUGUGGCUGGGGGUGGGGUGGAGGGUUGCACGUCCCCAUUCUGGGGUUCAUUUGGCAACAGCUGCUGCAACGAGCGCGGGAGCCAAAAGGGGGAGGGGGCGCCAGCCUCUCCCCUUCCCCUCCCCCACCCCCAAGUCUGAGGCAGCCACCAGCUUUGAGGGCAGAGCCCGCGUGGCCGGAGCGGGGGUCUAGGCGAAGGGGCAGUGCGUGGUAUUUCCAGCCCCGCGUAGUGCCCGAAGCCUCCAAGCACGCUUCCUAGGUUCCAGCAGCGGCGGCAGAGCGGGAUUUCAGAUACUCUGACUCCACCUUUACUUUUACCUACGUUGGCGGCCCCAGAAGGAAUUCAGAGCUUGCUCCAGGGAUGUGAGGAAAAAAGAUGAGUAUGACUUUUAAAAGGAAUUCAGAACUUGCUCUAGAUUUUGCUUUCUUCUCAUGUCCACCUUCUUUCACUUUCACUUACGCUUCUUGACAAUAUUUUCUGCCUGCUACAUGGUAUUUAUUAUGUACAGCACAUACUAACAGUACUCUGCAAUCUACUUAAGCUUUGCUCUUUCCAUGUAUUUUUGGUACUACUCAUUAGAUCCUUGAGCCAAUCAUCCAUGUCUGUUUGUACUAGAUUGUUUCCCUUAGAACUCUGCAAGUCACAAAGUGAAACUGAUUAGGAUUUUACAGUCCUGGUGAUUUUCCUUCUGGUAUACCACUGAGAAAAUGCUGUCGCACAAGGGGCUGAUGAAUCAUUUGCAGGAUUUCUGUUUGCUAUUUUCUAUUUGAAAAAUUAGGUACGUUCACGAACAUGGGAAUGUCUCCUAAUAUCAUGAGGACAAUACGACCAUAAAAUAAAAUAAUCAGUGUUGGUUUGGGCCUCAGAUAAAUGUAAUAUAUUGUACUUUUUAGCAAAUUGAGUUCCCCAGAGAACAUUCAUUCAUGUAAAUUUCACUCCUAUAAAUUUUAAUUGCUUAUACUGGAAGCUGACUAAAAUUAUUCAGCACCUGCUGUUAUGUGUCUGGCAUUGUCCUGGGGUCCUUGCACCUGUUAAGCCAUUAAAUCAUCACAGCAGGCUCUUAAGGUAGGUAUGGAUUCUUCCAUUUUACUAAAUAGAGAUUGAGUCUGUGAGUGUUUAACCAACUUUUCUUAUGCCUCCCAGCUAGUAAGCCUCAAAGUUGCAUUGGACUCCUAUUUGUCUGUCUUGAACUACAACAGGCCCUCUAACUGGAGGUAGACAAAGGAAUGAAUUAAGGCCUCAUUUUGGAUUCAGACAUUGAUUUAGAUGAAAAAUGAAGCCAAUUGCCAUUGGUUGAGAUGGUAGGCUGUUGGGAAUUAAUUCGGCUUAGUACUGAGUAUAAUCUCUGGCAUUGCCAAGCUUCUGUCACAUAGCACUGCCAGAUCAGAAGGGUGCCUUGAUCAUCAGUUUUAUUUCUACAUAGUACCAUUUGACAGUAUAAAGGAAUGGAUCACGGGAAAAUGAAUUCAUAUGGGGUCAUAGUGUACAUUUCCCCCCAGCUUGUUUUGGGGCACCAUUGUCAUGGAUAUUUUAUCUUCUAAUGUUUGGCAUGUUGAUUCAGGGCCAUGAUUUCCAAAGCUGCUCUAUUGGCUGAGGUCCAACAUCUGCCAUUUGUUCCUGCAUUCUUAUUCCCAAUACAUACCUUUUCACUGAUAUGUGCUCAUAUUUUACUACUAUGAUAGCUUCUUAAUCUGAUCUCUCUUUUCUUCAAUCUAUCCUAAAUAUUAGCUAUCAGAGUAUAUUGUUCAAAAUACUAAUCUGCCUGGAAAUACUGUUAUGCUUCAUACUCUCUGAUUCCAUUUAUGUAUUAUUCUUGAAAUGAUAAAAAAUUUAGAGCUAGGGAACUGAUUAGUGGCUGUUGGGCUUAAGGAUGCUUGGGUGAAGGGAGAUGGAUAUGUCUCUAAAAAAGGUAGCACAAGGGAAAUUUUUGUGUGAUCAAAUAGUUCUGUAUUUUGUUUGCUGUAAUGGGUAUGUGAUGCACAUGUGAUAAAAUAACAUAGAACUAUACUCAAACUUUGCACUAAUGUCAGUUUCCAGGAUUUGAUAUUCUAUUGUAGGUACAUAACAUGUAAGCAAUGGAGGAAACUGGGUAAUAUACAUGACACUUCUGUACAGUCUUUUCAACUUUAUGUGAGUCUAUAUUAUAUAAAAAGUAAAAAAAAUACUACUGUGCUUUAAAAUGUUCAAGUUCCUUUGUCUGUCAUAUUUAUGUAUCAUAUUCUCUGGUUCCCUCUAAAUUAACCAUCCAAAGGUGUUACCUCUGAUAUAUAUAUAUUUUUCUGUUUAAAUCUUAUUUGGCAUUAACACAAUGUUUGGCUCAUACCAGGUUACCAAAAAGUGUUCCUUGAAUUAAAACUGGGAUUAAUGUUUUUAAUCCCAGUGCUUUAGAAGGCUGAGGCAGGAAGAUCACUUGAGGCCAGGUGUUUGAGAUCAGCCUGGGCAAUAUAGCAAGACCCCUGUCUCUAUCAAAAAUAAAAUAAAUUAGCUGUAUGUGGUGGUGCAAAUCUGUAGUCCAGUCUACCCAGGAGGCUGCAGGGGGCAGUUGCUUGACCCCAGGAGUUUGAGGUUACAGUGAGCUAUGAUUAUGCCAUUGUACUCCAGCCUGGGCAACAGAGCAAGACCUCAUCUCUAAAAAAAAUUUUUUUAAAUGGAAAAAAUUUGCUUUGUGAAAUAAAAAUGUAUCAAACUUGGUCUGAUUACUAAUCAUACUUCUUUUCUACUCAUCUACUUAUUCAGUUGUGUGGUUUUUUUGUUUUUUUUUUUUUUUUUGUCUCUUCCUAAUCUCUUUCCAAGGACUGAGCAGCGUGCCAGGGAUUUGACUGGUGGAGUUGGGAACUCUUUUCAAGGACGUAAGACUCAAAUGUCAUAAGGGCAAGAUGAGCCAGGGAACCCAGGGUAUAAGCUAUGCUGACUCAUGUUCAUCCAUUCAUUCAAAUUUGUUGAGAUUUGUGUUAUAGCUCAGUAUAUGAUCUAUCUUGAUAUUCUGCAGUUAUAGUGUUCUAUGAAAAUCAGUUUCAAAUAUUCUGUGUUUUUAACUUUUUUUUCUUUUUGGUCUGGUUCUGUUAAUUACUCAAAUUAUGAUUGUUGAGUUGUUCAUUUUUCCUCUAUUUCUGUCAGGUUUUGCUUCAUAUAUUAUGAAGCUUUGUUAUUAGGUACAUACACAUUUAUGAUUGGUAUGCCUUCUUCCUGACGAACUGACACGUUUAUCAUUACGAAUGAUCUCUUUAUAUCUUUAGUCCUCAGUCUUCUGAUGCUUAUUGUUUGCAUGGUGUAUCUUUUCCAUUCGUUACUUAAAUCUAUAUGUGUCUCUAUAUUUAAUAUGGAUCUCUUAAAGAUAGCAUAGACCUUGCUUUUUUUUUUUUGAGACGGAGUCUCGCUCUGUCGCCCAGGCUAGAGUGCAGUGGCGUGACCUCGGCUCACUGCAAGCUCUGCCUCCCGGGUUCACGCCAUUCUCCUGCCCCAGCCUCCCGAAUAGCUGGGACUACAGGCGCCUGCCACCACGCCCGGCUAAUUUUUUUUGUAUUUUUAGUAUAGACCUUGCUUUUUUAUCCAUUCUGGUAAUCUUUUCCUUUUAUUCAGUGUGUCUUGUUCCAUUAACAUUCAAUGCAGUUAUUGAUAUGAUUAGAUUCAGGCUCUAUUUACUUUUUGUUUUUUAUUUGUUCCUUCUGUUUUUUGUUCCUCCUUUCCUGCUUUCUUUUGGAUUAAAUGAUCCAAAAUGAUUUUUAGAAUUAUUGUGUAAUUUAUCUAUUAGCUUUUCAAGCAGUGUGUGUGUGUGUGUGUGUGUGUGUACAUGCUAUAGGGAUAUUUCCUUUUCUGAUAGUUAUUUAGGGUUAAUAUAUCACUUUACAUCAUAUGUAAGGAUUUUGCAACUUCAUUUUACACAAUAUGCAAGGACCUUGCAACUGUUUAAGACCAUCCUACCCCUCCCUGUUACAAUGCUGUAAUCAUAUGUGUGUGAAGUGCUAUAAUUUUACUUUUUAACAGUCAAAUGUAUUUUUAAAGCAUUAAAAAAUAGUGUUUUAUAUUUACAGUUUUCGAUGCUUUUCAUUCUUUUGACUUUCCGUCUGGUAUUAUUCAUCCAGAAGAGCUUUGUUUAAGACUUCUUAUACUGCAGGUCUGCUGGGGACCAAUUUUCACAAUUUUCUUUUAUCUGAAAGUUGUUUUAUUUUUCCUUUGUUUUUGGUGGAUCUGUAUAUAUAAUAUAUGGGCUGAAUAGAGAAUUCUGGCUGAACAGUUGUCUCCUCCCCUCCCCAAAAGUCAACAUUGGUUCUUAUCACUGUUUCCUUGUGUGUAAUAUGUCGUUUUAUUUUUCUCUGACUUCUUUUAGAAUGUUUCCUUACAUUUGGUUUUCAGCAGUUUGACUGCAUGUACCUAGGUGUAAUUUGCUUUGUGCUUUCCUGUUUCAGAUUUUCUGAGCUUCUUUAUUCAACACAUCUUUGUCUUUCACUCAAAUUGGGAAAUUUUCAGCUCUUCUUGAUAUUUUCUGCAUUAUUCUUUCUUUCUUCAGCCUUCUAAAACUGUAAUAUACAAAUGUUUGCUCUUUUGCUAGUGCCCCAUAAGUCCCUGAUAGUCUGUUUUUGUUUGUUUCUGUCUUCUUCAGAUUGGUUUUUCCUUUACAUCCUUAAGUAUACUUAUGAUAACUGUUUUAACACUAUGGUGGGCUAAUCCCAACACUUGGAUCUUCUUUUCUCUUGAAAAUACGUUACAUUUUUCUGUUUGUACAUAUAUUAAGUGAUUUCUGAUUAUAUUGGAUUCACCCUGUGAAUGAUGCUUUGAGUAGAUUCUGUCUUCUAUAUGUUCCUUUAAAGAGAAUUAGGUUUUUUUUGUCUUAACAGGCAAAUAAUUGGCUGAACACAAACUAAAAUUUGACUUUUCUGUGGCAGGUGGCAGCUUCACUGAUGCAGUCAGAUAGCUAACGUUAAACAUGUGCUGUAUGUCAUGCACCAAAGUAAAUGAUGACACUGCAAAUAUAAAUGGAUGUAGAUCUUAACCUCAUGGGGCUUGCUAUCUAGUUGACAGAGAUAGAAAAAUGAACAGAUAAAUAUGUUCAAUUUUCAUAUGUCAUAUGAGUGUAUCCUACUCAGUACAUGUAUCUGAAGAUUACCCAGAUAAUACAUAUGUGUCAAGUUCAGAGAAUGAUGAAGAUGUGCUAGUUACUACAGAGCCAAUACCAGUAAUUUUUCAUAGAAUAGCAACAGAAUUAAGAAAAACAAAUGACAUUAACUGUUGCUUAUCCAUAAAAUCCAAAUUACAAAAGGAAAAUGGGGAGGAGUCAAGACAGAAUAGUACAGUGGAGGAAGAUUCUGAAGGUGACAAUGAUUCAGAAGAAUUUUAUUACGGAGGGCAGGUGAACUAUGAUGGGGAACUGCACAAGCACCCACAACUGGAAGCUGAUUUGUCAGCAGUUAGAGAGAUAUAUGGGCCACAUGCAGUUUCUCUCAGGGAAUAUGGAGCCAUUGAUGAUGUAGAUAUUGAUCUGCAUAUCGAUGUUAGCUUUCUUGAUGAGGAGAUUGCUGUGGCUUGGGAAGUAAUUCGAACAGAACCUAUAAUUGUUCGACUACACUGUUCACUUACGCAGUAUUUAAAUGGCCCAGUGCCCACUGUUGAUGUCUUUCAGAUUUCCACAAAAGAGCGAUUUGGAUUGGGACAUCAGCUGAAAAAAAUCAUGCAGACAUUUGUUACACAGCAGUGGAAACAGAGCAAAGAAAAAUCCAAUUGCCUGCACAAUAAAAAGUUGUCAGAGAAGAAAGUGAAGUCUCCCCUGCAUUUAUUUUCUACUUUGCGCAGGUCGCCAAGUUAUCCUCCCCCUGGUUGUGGCAAAAGCAAAUCCAAACUGAAAUCUGAGCAGGACGGAAUCUCCAAAACGCAUAAGCUGCUGCGGAGGACUUGUUCCAGCACAGUCAAGACUGAUGAUGUGUGUGUCACAAAGUCACACAGGACCUUUGGCCGCUCCUUGUCCAGCGAUCCUAGGGCGGAGCAGGCUAUGACAGCAAUUAAAUCGCACAAACUUUUGAACCGUCCUUGCCCUGCAGCUGUUAAGUCAGAGGAAUGCCUAACUCUAAAGUCGCAUAAACUAUUGACUCGAUCUUGUUCUGGAGAUCCGCGAUGUGAGCACAACACAAACUUGAAGCCCCACAAACUGUUAAGCAGGUCUUACUCUAGUAAUCUCAGAAUGGAAGAAUUGUAUGGACUGAAAAAUCACAAAUUGCUCAGCAAGUCCUACUCCAGUGCCCCCAAGUCAUCCAAAACUGAGCUUUUCAAGGAACCUAACGCAGAGGGCAGGAGGCUCUCUCUUACCUCAGGGCUUAUUGGUAUCCUAACACCAUCUUCAUCUUCAUCUUCUCAGCUUGCUCCAAAUGGUGCAAAAUGCAUUCCAGUACGAGACCGUGGCUUCCUGGUGCAGACAAUUGAGUUUGCUGAACAGCGGAUCCCUGUAUUAAAUGAAUAUUGUGUGGUUUGUGAUGAGCCACAUGUGUUUCAAAAUGGCCCUAUGCUUAGGCCUACUGUAUGUGAACGGGAGCUGUGUGUGUUUGCUUUUCAAACCCUGGGAGUAAUGAAUGAAGCUGCUGAUGAAAUAGCAACUGGAGCUCAGGUGGUAGAUCUACUAGUAUCCAUGUGUAGGUCUGCGUUGGAAUCUCCUAGAAAAGUUGUGAUUUUCGAGCCAUAUCCUUCUGUGGUAGAUCCUAAUGAUCCUCAGAUGUUGGCCUUCAACCCCAGGAAAAAGAACUAUGAUCGAGUAAUGAAGGCACUGGAUAGCAUAACUUCUAUCAGAGAAAUGACACAAGCACCAUAUCUGGAAAUCAAGAAGCAAAUGGAUAAACAGGACCCCCUUGCUCAUCCCUUACUGCAAUGGGUUAUAUCAAGUAAUAGAUCACAUAUUGUGAAACUGCCAGUUAACAGGCAAUUGAAGUUUAUGCAUACUCCACAUCAGUUCCUUCUUCUCAGCAGUCCACCAGCCAAAGAAUCCAAUUUUAGAGCUGCUAAAAAACUCUUUGGAAGCACCUUUGCAUUUCAUGGCUCACACAUUGAAAACUGGCACUCCAUCCUGAGGAAUGGUCUGGUUGUUGCUUCUAAUACACGAUUGCAGCUCCAUGGUGCAAUGUAUGGAAGUGGAAUCUAUCUUAGUCCAAUGUCAAGCAUAUCAUUUGGUUACUCAGGGAUGAACAAGAAACAGAAGGUGUCAGCCAAGGACGAGCCAGCUUCAAGCAGUAAAAGCAGCAAUGCAUCACAGUCACAGAAAAAAGGACAGCAAUCCCAAUUCCUGCAAAGCCGUAACUUAAAAUGCAUAGCCUUAUGUGAAGUGAUCACCUCAUCUGACCUGCACAAACAUGGAGAGAUAUGGGUUGUCCCCAAUACUGACCAUGUCUGCACACGAUUCUUUUUCGUCUAUGAAGACGGCCAAGUGGGAGAUGCAAAUAUUAAUACACAAGAAGGAGGCAUUCACAAAGAGAUCCUCCGAGUAAUUGGUAAUCAAACUGCUACUGGUUAAAGGACCACCAUUUAAUUAACAUGAUUCGAAAGCCUUCCUCGGGUUCAAAGCCGGAUUUUGAACUGAAGAAGAUUAUAAAAUUAUUUAUUGUUAUUAUAAACAAAAUUAACCCUUUGAAUACUGAUUUUUUUUCUUAGUAUUUCUAAGUAUCUCAUUAAAUACCUAAAAUGGUAUAAGAUUUAUCAAUUGUAGGGUUAUGGAAUCUAGUAAUAAAAUUUCAACAGCACUUAAACUGAAGUUUGGGUUGCUCACACAAUAAACAGAUUGAAAAAACUGUUUUGUGCUGAUAUUUUUAUACUAAACUCUUUAACUGGAUAUUUGGUAUUAUAUACCGACAUUUUAGGUUACCAAAAUAGAAUUGAGAACAUUUUAUAAUGGCAUCUAAAUCUAUCAGAUACUUUGCAAUAAAUAUACUGUUUGCACAUUCUGAUGUGCUAUAUCAUUAGUAGUAUGGGCAUUCUAAUGUUUUGGAAGGGGUGUUCCCUAUUCUAUGUUUCUUCAUAAAAAAAGAAGUAGGUCUUAGAAGCAGUGCUUUGCCAAAAAGUAUGUAAUAUACACAUCUAUAUAUUCAUGCAUCAAAAUGUGUGGUUGUGAAUAUAUUUGUGUAUAUUCACAUGUAUGUUUUGACAAGAAAGAUGGCUUAGCUUCACAAUUCUAUCCUCGUUUAAUGGAAAGAAGAUAAUAUUUAGUAAGCAAUAAAUUUGGACAUAAAUCAAGAUAUGAGCCAGAUUUACCACCAUUCAUUCACUGAAAAUAUUUGCAGACAAUUUUUCUGUUUGUCUGAAGAAAUUCAGCCCUUUUAAAAUGUUAUCUAAAAGUCAUAAUUUGGGGAACAUACAUGGCCUGGUAGACCGAAUCUAUAUUCAAAUGAUUAUGUAUUUAAAAGAAAGACCUCAGAAUUUAAAGAAACCAUAUAUAUUUUUUAUUUACUACAAAAAAAAUUAUACAAUUUUAUUUAUGCCACACCAGCAUUUUUAUAUUUGUUCAUCCAAUAUCUCUGCUUAUUUUUUUCAUAUUGAGAAAGAACACAAACUUUGACGCUUCUUUUAUAUUAAAAGACCACAAAUAAGUUUAUAGAGAAAAGUAACACCAGCUCUCAGCAUUUCCUUUUCAAGAGUCAUAAUUUCAUCGAAAUCAUUUCUUAUUCUUUGAGUCCUAGAGUUCUUAUUCAUCAAGUUUUAAUUGACAGUGUUUAUUUUCCCACCUGUUGUCUUUGGAAUAAGGCCAUUCAUGAAAGCAGUUUAAUUAGUGAGUCUGCCACUCUAUUCAAACCCUGAAUCAAGGCUCUAUCUGAUUUUAAUUUAUGUAAAAAAAAAAAUAAAAAUGUAUAGUCAUUUGCAAGUAUAAUGUGAUAACUGCUGUGUUUAUUUCCUUUGUCUGGCAUAAAAGGUGAGAAAAAGGUCAUGUUGUUAAGGGUUGCAGUUUAGGAAGUGUUUUCUAAUGAUUUGUUUUGUUAUAUUGCAAAUAAUUGAUAUGCCACUUAUUUCUGCAAGAAAAAUAGGCUUGAAGUGGUUGGGAUAUUAAUCAUUUUGAUAGUAUCUACUUAAAGCAUUGAUCUGUUUUGACUUGUGGCUCUGAACUCUGGGCUAGGCUGAGGGAUAAUAGUAGUGGGGUAGGGCAAAGAUAUAAUAUCGAUCCAGUGUUUUGUGACCACUUAUUUGAAGAUUAGUGUGGGACAUGAGGACCUUGCUAUUUUUUUGCCAAGAUGCUGCAAGUCUCCCAAAUCACUUCAACUGUGUUUUUAAAACAUUUUUAAGCAACAGAAUUAUUUUUUUGAAAUUAGUCUAUACAUUAGACAGUCUAUACAUGACAAACAUGAAGAUCUAAUACCAAGAUUUGGGAGACGGGAUCUUGGAACUCCACCUGUUUGACCACUACGACCACUGAGGCACCUCCAAUAAGCUCUGUAGAGUGCCUCCAGCAUAAUUCGAAAUCCACUGACCUAAUCCAUUAUGGCUUUACUUAACAUUGGAGUGAUCCGUAAAGAAUAUAGGAUUGGAGUCUGAACUGGAAUGGUAACUCGUAAGACUCAAGAAAGACUGUUUAAGGAAAAUUGGCAUAAUAAAAACUGUUCCUGUUGACUUAAGAAUAACAGUAGGUUCACCUAUCUGAGGAAAUUAAGUAGUUGAUAGUUUAAUGCUAGGCAUCUUUUAUGAUAAUAAAGUAAGAUGUCUUCUUAUGACAGUUAAUUGAGUUGUAUCAUGAUACAGAAUGACAGAUUUUGUUUCAAAAAAUUGCGUCAGAACCUUUGUAAGCAAAUAUUCUAAGGAGAAUCAAUCUUAUUUUUUAAUUGAACUUUUUGAAAUUAGGGAUACUAUAAUAACUGAUAAAGAUGAUUUUCUGUAUUUCUAAAGAAUCUAAUUUCAAUUACUACCAUUAACAUAUAAAUGUGCUUCCAAAAUCCAAGCAGGUCCAUACAAUUUAGAGAUUUGAACACUGUUAUCAUGCUUUAAUUCAGUCAUUCAUUAAAAUAUUAUCUAUUCACUUAUUUGAUGAUUCCAAACAUUUGAUAUUGUAUUGUGUUUUUAUAAUUAUUUGAAAUCUGUUCACCGAUGCUUUGUAAUGGUUUUAUUAAUUGUGUAGCCAUUGCUACUUAGAUAGUAACCCACUGAGCAAAGGCAGUCAUUUAUUUUCAUCCUUGAAGUAGGGGAAGAAAAUUAUUAAUUUAUUAGUUCUACUUUUUCCUGCAUUGCUGAUUUUGUAAACAUUUUACUAUGAAUAAUCUGUUCUCUUUCACUGUAUUAAAAGGAGAAGAAAAUGAACAUUUGAGAAUGGAAAAAAGUAAUAAUAUACAAAUAAUCUAGUGCUAUAAAAUACAUUAUAGUAAGACACUUUUGGUGUCUUCAAGUGCACUAUGUUGGAAUAAAUUUUAUACUUGUUGCUUAGUAAAUCUCAGUCAUACGUUUGGUUUGAAGCUGUUUUUUUUUUUUAAUUUGAAGUUUAAUUUUAAAAUUGCCACAUUGUAAAAGUUACCGUUAAAUACUAUGUAGUAUAAAAAACCAACCCAAGCUAUUGUUAAUGCUCUGAAUGUUUUUCUUUGAAAAUUUAAGUUUAGAGAAGAAAUUCCUUCAUUUUUCUCCCCUUUGCUAAAAGAAAAUCUAUAAUAUGUAAGUCUAUGAAUCUUUAAAUAACUGAAGGAAUUUUAGCAGUACUUUGUAUAAUAAAAAUAUUUUUUAAACUAUAACUUGCCUUAGAGCAUGGGGUUUCAGAAAGUUUUAACAAAAAACUCAUCUUCAUUAAAGAGUCUGGACAACUUCAUCAGAUGGUAAUUUAAUAUGUCAUGAAGGGGCCACUCAACAUUGGGUCAUCUACCAUCUAAAUAAACACGGAUUUCAUGGUGGCAUUUGAAGCACACUUUGCAAACAUUAUAAUGUUCUAUGGUCUUGCUGAAUUCUUUAUUGUAACACUACCUCAAGACAGAUGAUAGACUGUUGGUAAGGUAAAUUGGGUUUUCAAUGUCAGGAACAAAUAAAAUUUUGCAAAUAGAAGUCAUCAAAUAAUUCAACAGGAAGACCAUACUGGACACAGAUGUUGUCAGUUACUUCUGGACAAUGUGGUAGCAUGGAUAUUUCAGUCACUGGUAACAAUGUCAGGGUUAACACCCAAUGAAUUAUUUGAAACAAUUUGGGUUGCAAAAUUUGAAAUUAAUUAGUCUAGUUUGAGAUUGAUUUUCUACAUGGGCCAAUUUUAUGUCCAUUACCUAAAGCCACAAUCUCCCACUCUAAAGAGUUAAAGGAUGAAAACACCCAACUGCUACACUGGAAUGGCAGACUGAAUAUUCAAGCAUUUUGGCAUUUAAUGCCUGCUAAAUUUUUGUCCGAUUAUGUAUAGAUUUGAUGUAUAUUAUUACCCAGUAAAUUCUUCUUGGGAAUUUUGUAUACAUUAUGGAAUAUUAGGAUAAGUUUUUGUAGGUCAGAAGAGUUUCAAGUAGUUUUUAGACAAAACAUAUCCAUGAGUGUGAAAAAAGCUGUGUUGACGAAUAGAUUACAUUUCACAUUUACCAGCAAGUCAGUAAAAAAUAGUGCUUAUUUACAUAGUCAAUAUAAUUUAAUGUUCUAAAAAUAAUAUCUUCGAUCUGCCCAAUAUUUAAUGUAUCAUUUGAGAUUUUUAAAAAUGCAGCCGCUCCUUUAUGUAAACAUUAAGAUAUGCCUAUGUUUCUUUAUACAGCCUCUUUACAAUAAAUUUCUUGAUUUUUCUGCACAGGAUAGUAUUGCAACCUGCUAUUUAGCCUUUGGUGCCUUAGAAUUAUUAUAAAUAUUUAACAAUAUGUACAUAAUGUAAAUACUGCCAAGAGAUCAGUAAGGCCAAAUAUUUUCUCUAUUCACUUUUUAUUGCUCUUGCUUUCUAUUGCUACUAAAGCCUCUUUUAUCCAGCUUUGUAAUAGUUCCAACAUUGUAGCAAAUGUAAAUGUUUACUUUCAAUAAAUCUGAACUUGUUCAACAA